AUGGUUAACACAGACUUUGAGAAAAUUUACUUAAAUCAAAAUAGAUUAGCUGGUCGAAUGCGUAUAGCUGACUCUGGAUUAGGUUGGAAAGCUAAUAAUCCACCCGGAGGAAGUAAUGCAAAUUCUUCCAAAGCCAAUGCCCCAUUUCUUUUGCCAUCAGAAGAAAUUUUAACUGCUCUGUGGUCAAGAGGCUCCAAAGGAUAUGAAUUAAGAGUACAAACUAGGAAUAAAGGUGUUGUGAUGUUGGAUGGAUUUGAUGUUGAUGAUUUUACCCAAUUAAAACAAGAAUUAAUGAGGAAUUUUCAAUUAACUUUAGAACAUAAAGAACAUUCUUUAAGAGGUUGGAAUUGGGGGAAGACUGAUUUGGCUAGAAAUGAAUUGGUAUUUAAUGUGAAUAAUAAACCCGCAUUUGAAAUUCCUUAUGAAUAUAUUACUAAUUCGAAUUUAACUGGUAAGAAUGAAGUUGCUAUUGAAUUUAAUUUAGAUGGCGGGGUUAGUAAAGCAGGGGAUGAAGUUGUUGAAAUGAGAUUUUAUGUUCCAGGAACAGUUGAAAAUGAAACUAAAGUAACUAAGAAAGUUAAAGUAGAAGCCAAAGAAGGUGAAGAAAAACCAACGGAAGUUGAAGAAGAAACUACUGAAACCAAUGAAAUUAGUGCUGCUCAAGUAUUUUAUGAACAAUUAAAAGAUAAGGCGGAUAUUGGCCAAGUGGCAGGUGAAGCCAUUGUUUCAUUCAGUGAUGUAUUAUUCUUAACUCCAAGAGGUCGUUAUGAUAUCGACAUGUAUCCAACCUCAUUGAGAUUAAGAGGUAAAACCUAUGAUUAUAAGAUCCAAUAUGAACAAAUCGAAAGAAUAUUUUCUUUACCUAAACCGGAUGAAGUACAUCACUUAUUAAUUUUACAAAUUGAUCCUCCUUUAAGACAAGGUCAAACUAGAUAUCCAUUUUUGGUCCUUCAAGUUGCAAGAGAAGAAGAAACUGAAUUGGAAUUGAACCUAGAUGAACAAGAAUUUGAUGCUAAAUAUAAAGAUAGAUUGAAAAAGAGUUAUGAUGCACCAACUCAUGUUGUAAUGUCUCAUUGUUUUAGAGGAUUAACUGAAAGAAAAUUAGUUACCCCUGGAUCAUUCCAAUCUAGAUUCUUACAACCUGGUAUAUCAUGUUCUUUAAAGGCAUCCGAAGGUUAUUUAUAUCCAUUGGAUAGAUGUUUCUUAUUUGUAACCAAACCAACCAUUUAUAUUCCAUUUGUGGAAAUCAGCAAUGUUACAAUGUCAAGAACAGGAGGUGGUGUUUCUGCAUCGAGAACUUUCGAUUUGGAAAUUAACGUCAGAGGAUCAAAUCAAUCUCAUAUCUUCGGAAGUAUUGAUAGAGAAGAGCAAGAAACUAUUGAAAGAUUCUGUAAUGAAAAGGGAAUUAGAGUCAGAAAUGAAGAAAAAAUCGCAAAGGCAAUGUUAGCCAAAGCAAUGAAAGAAGGUGCCGAUGACGAGGAUGAUAGUGAUGUGGAUAUGGGAAGUGCAGGAGAAGAAGAUGAAGAAAGUGCUGAUGAUGAUUUCCAAUCAGGAUCAGACUCUGAUGUUGCAGAAGAAUUCGAUUCUGAUGCGGCCGUAUCAUCUGAUGAAGAGAUGAAUGAUGAAGCUGAGAAGGAUGAUAGACCUCCUAAGAAGAAGGCAAAGAAUUAG